AUGGAAGACAGAGUUGACUGCCGGUUACGGUGGUCAUUGGAUGUAGGAGGCAAUGAUAAUGUUCAGUUUCAGAUACCUCGCUUAUCAAGUUCGUCCCUUUCUUUGAUCGAUGACCAAUGGUGCCGAGUGCCAACUUUUGGAUACCCCACGUCAUCAGGCGGCCAGUGGCAACCAAAAGCCCUGGUGGAUGUAGCCAUCUUUCUGCCUUCCUCCUCCGACAACAACAAUCAGAUUGAGCUGACGAUCCACGAUUCUAAACGAGUAAAAAGUACCUCCUAUCAGCUGGAAAUUAAUGACAAGGUCUCCAAAAUGCAGCUGCUACCCCUGCCACCAGGAAACCUUCAAGACAAUAAAUUGACAACUAGCACUUCCAAAUCCAAACUUGAAGCCUUUGGGAUACUACUGGUACUGACAACAGCAGACAAUAUCUCUGUCUUUUCAUUGGUGUUUGUCAAGGGCGACGACAACUUUUGUCUCUCAGAGUGUUUGGAGUUGUCGGAGGAGACCAAUGACGUGGCCUCUUCCAAUGCUCUCAUGGGUCGCAGGGUGCGAGAAUUGAAGUGUAGGGUGGUUUCCAUAGCCAACGCCUGGGGAGAUAAUGAUGCUGAUAAUACCCAAGAGACUGCUUUGAUAGUUGUAACAUCCUCGAUUCCUUCCUCCGAAACCGGUUCCAUGAGCAAACCACCCUUGCUGCACAAUGUAGAUGCGUUUGUAUUCUCCUUCAAGGAUCAUCUUUGCCCUAUGUUUGGCUGCUACAAAAAUAACGAUUCCGCAAACAAAAAGGAAACAACCCGAAAUUUGUCAAGCAUUAGUUCAUGGAAUCUUUUAAAGGGCGCCAGCUAUGUCAAGAACAUUUGCUUUCUUGGUGACGCGCUACGGGAAAGGGGGGAAACCUUGGUAGUGUCUGUUUUGUUGGCUGGCGAAUUGAAACUGAUUCCAAUGAGGCAAGCAGAAAGAAGGAAGAGUUGCAGUAACAACAUCCACAUGCAAACAAUAUUGCUUGCUGGUGUUUGUGCUCAUCCAAGCAUUUCUGAAUCGGUUGGUGAGGCCUUGAUGGUACAAUGUGACGGCAGAUGCCUUGCCAUUCUUUGUCGUCCCAAAGACGUCAGCGAGAGUGAUUUUUUUAGCAGCAAAGCAUAUCCAGCCGAGACUCCAAGAUUCCUGACGACGCGGAGGAAAGUUUCGUUUUCUCCCUUCUUCUCGCAAGCCGGAAACGAUUUCUUCUCUUCCAAAAGUAGCACAGGGCUGCCUCUAGGCCUUGAAGCAGAAAAGAAACCGGAGCCAGCUGCAAAGCCAGAGCAAUCUACAGAUACCGUUGACCGUGAUCCCCGCGGAGAUCGAGUGGGAGGCAUCAGCGUGGUCUCGCCAGAGUCCAGCAACGGCAUCCCCCAUGCCACUGCGGCCACCAUGGAUGACGGGAUUCCUGGAGAAUCAGUACCCAAAGAAACUAUUUCAAUGAAGACAAAUCCGCAAGAUCAAUCCUCAACAACAAUGUCGCCAGUGAUGACUGAUGCUAGCAUGUUGAGCUUAACGUCGCCACUGGUCGGCUUGCAUCUCGUGGGCGGAACCCCAUCAUUGGCACCGAUCCAUGAUUCGACUGCAUCGCCAGCGGUAAAAAACGAUCCUGAUCUACUCGACUUGACAGGAAAGUUUGCAUCCUCCUCGAACGAUGUAUCGCCAUUGAGCACCCUCAUCCUCGAUCAAAGCCACGAUGAAGAAUCUUUCGAAAUGCUACGGUCAGGAAUGACCCCUGCUCGUACACCAAUCCCAACCAAUCAGCUUGGUCCUCGGAGCGCCCUAAAAAGAAUACAUUGUCCUGCUACAUCACAGACGAAGGAAGACGCUUGUUGGCGGUCAGCACCCAAUCCUGAUACUGCCUCGCAUGUCAUUGUGGUGAAAGUGGAGCAGGCAGCAGAGCCCGGUUGCAGCACGAGUAUGCCGCGUGAUAAGCAAAGCGCGAACCCAUUGAAGCUUAGCAUUUCGACCGCUCCUCUUCCACUUGCUGCUUCUAGAUUUGACAUGGCAUCGCUGAAAUGGGGUGCCAACAAUGAGGGGCCAUCAAGACUUUAUGUUGCCACCAGUGAUGGCUUGGAUGCCAAGUCCAAGAUUUCUGUGGCGGAGAUCUGCUGCACUCAGAAUGAAGACGAUGCUCUCCGAGUGGUCUCCAUGACGCGAUGCGAUAUCAAGCCUGUGCUCGACAAGAUCAAACGGGAAAGGGAUGGGUGCAAUCUAUUUGUCAAAGCAAUUUCUCUCUCGCCUGGAUCGGGAAAUGAGAAUCCUGCUGCAGAGCUCCAGCUUCUUCUCUCCAAACAGCCGUGGGCAGUUGAAGACUGCCCUGCUGCGAACACGCCAAUCAACGUUUCCAGUGUGGAAGAUGUGCAGUUAUGUCUAGCAUCUGUUUCCUUGCCGCUCGGAUCAUCCCAAGAAAUGAACUCAGCAACCACAGUACCGGUAGAACCCAGAAGCAAUCCCAAUGACUCCGUUGUCCUCGAGAAGCUGAAUGAUGUGCUCCACUUCCUGCAAAGAUUGGAAGAAAAGGUGGACGCAGGCAUGUCGGACUUGAACCGUCGGAUGCGGGCAGUCGAAGAGUCCCUAAGAACAGUUUAA